GCGAAACUAGCCCAACGUAAAAGAAGAAUGUUUUAUUUAACUUUCGCACGUGUAAAAUGGGUAUACAGAGUUGUAAUUUGGACGUUAUUUAUUAGAAAUGGGUUUAACAAAGCAAUAUCUAAGAUAUAUUCCCGCUGGAAAUUUUAAUAUCGUAGCAAGUCAAGCCUGUAAUGUGUGUUUUGUUACUUUAGAUGGACAGGAAGGAAGAUUUGUUGCCGUUGGAGCCUGUGAACAUAUAAUUAUUUGGGAUCUAAGAUUAGGGGAGAAGGCACAAGUUUUACCAGGUGAAAAAUCAGUGGUAACUUCAUUAGCAGCUAGUCCAAAUAAACGACAUUUAGCAGCAGGCUAUUCUAAUGGAGACAUCCAAAUUUAUGAUCUUAAAUCUGCUGAAGUAAUCAGUAUUUUUUCUGGGCAUAAAUCGGAGGUAACAACAUUAAUAUAUGACAAUUUUGGUCACAAAUUAGCAUCUGGUUCAAAGGAUACUGAUAUUAUAACUUGGGAUACAGUUGCAGAAGUAGGCUUAAGCAGAUUGUCUGGCCAUAAAGGGCCCAUUACACAGUUACAGUUUAUGAAAGAUCAUGCCAUCCUGAUUUCAAGUUCAAAAGAUAGCUUUGUUAAAUUUUGGGAUCUAGACACUCAGCACUGUUUUAAAACCUUAACUGGACACCAAUCUGAAGUAUGGUCUAUAACAUUGAUGAAAGACGACCAAUAUCUAGUGACCGGUUGUGGGGAUAUGGAACUUACAGUGUAUAAAUUGUUUUUCCGUGAUCCCGAUAGUGAAAAUAAAAACCCAUUGGAACAUUUAUCAAUGAGGUUAGAACUUUCAUCACUAGAAGAUUCAGAUGAUUUAACUCAUCCACUACAAUGCCAUAAAGCUGGCACACUUUUAAGAGGCGGACGCGGUAGAGUUAUAUCAAUGUAUAGUGAUGUUAGCGGACAUAUUUUGGGAUGUCAUGGUACAGAUAAGAAGAUAGAACUCUUCCAAUUUGUAUAUGAGGAAGAUGCUAAAUUACGACUUAAAAAAAGACUGAAAAAAGAAAAGAAAAAAAACAAAUCUGAAGGAAAUAUGGAAACUGAUCAAGAAGAUUCUGUCAUUAAUCCAACAAAUCAAUUAAGCUUAUGUGAUGAAGUUAAAAGGUUACCAUCUAUUACACUUUCCGAUAAACCUAAAAGUUUUCAUUUGGUUCUGGGUAAUGGUGGAGAAUUGCGUAUUGCAACGAAUCUUUCUAAUAACGUUGUAGAACUAUACUCUAUUCAAUCAUCAGCCAAGGACUCAGAACCCAAACGUCUAAGAUCAAUUUUACAUCAAGGACACAGAACUGAUGUACGUUCAGUUUGUUUCAGUAGUGACAACUUAGCAAUUGCCUCUGGAAGUGCAGAGUCAGUAAAAUUGUGGAAUAGGCCUUCACAAGCUUGUCUAAGAACAAUUAGUACACAGUACAUUUUGUCUACUGUAUUUGUACCUGGAGAUCGGCAUCUUCUGGCUGGUUUAAAAAAUGGAAUGUUAUUAAUUAUUGAUAUUGCAUCUGGUGAUAUUUUAGAAGAAAUUCCAGCACAUUCUACUGAACUAUGGUCUGUAAUUUUAACACACGAUUUGAGAGGAUGUGUGACAGGAGGAGGAGAUAGCACUGUAAAAUUUUGGCAGUUUGAACUUGUGGUAGAUAAAAAUAGUGAUUCCAAAGCAAAAGUGUUAUCUGUUCUUCACACUAAAACUUUAAAGUUGGAGGAUACUGUACUUUGUUUGAAAAUGUCACCCAAUGGAAAAUUUAUAGCAGUCGGACUGCUAGAUUCUACAGUGAAGAUAUUUUUUGUUGACACUUUGAAGUUUUACCUUUCUCUUUAUGGUCACAAAUUGCCGGUGCUAUGUCUAGAUAUUUCUUCAGAUUCUACUUUAAUAGCAACUGGUUCAGUCGACAGGAACGUAAAAAUUUGGGGAAUGGAUUUCGGUGAUUGCCACAAAAGUAUUUUUGCUCACGAUGAUUCAGUAACAGGACUUUGUUUUGUACCGAAAACGCAUUAUUUUUUCACUUGUGGAAAGGAUGGUAAAGUGAAAGAAUGGGAUGGUGAUACUUAUGACAAAAUUAUGACAUUACAGGGACACGUUGGCGAAGCUAGAGGAUUAGCUAUUAGUUCAAAUGGUCAAUAUGUAGUAUCAUGUGGAGCAGAUAGAGUGUUGAGAAUGUAUCAAAAAUCCGAUCAAAUUUUGGUUUUGGAAGAUGAAAGGGAAGAAGAAAGAGAACAAGAAGAUGAAUUAGCCACGGGGGAACAGACAGUCAUUCCAGGACAUCCAGGACUAAACUUACCUUCCAAAAAAACUGUAGGAAGUGAAAAAGCGACUGAAAGCAUUCUGGAAUGUUUGGAAAUAUGUGAAAAAUAUAAAGAACAAUUAGCUGAGCAUGCUGCUCAUCAAGCAGCUUCUAAUCAAACAUUACCAGUUCCAAUUCCACCACCAUUAAUGUUAGCGCUACAAGUUUCCACUCCUGAUGAUUUUCUUCUAGAAACCAUCAAAAGGAUUAGACCAAGUGAUUUAGAAGAAGCUCUACUUAUGCUGCCUUUUUCUUCAGUUUGUGAGAUUUUACAAGCUAUGCCAGCAUUACUAACUAGAGGAAAUCAAACAGAACUAGUUUGUAAAAUAUCAAUGUUCCUGCUAAAAUUACAUUAUGGUCCCAUAGUUGCCAAUCACUCACUUCUGACGACUCUUGAAAAAAUACUGAAAUUUGGAAAUGAGCGAGUGGGUGAAUUAAGGGACUUAGUAGGUUACAACUACUAUGCAAUGAAGUUCAUUCAGAACGAAGUUGAAGCGGCUGAAGGUGUACAACUAUUUAGAGAUGCAUCCCAGGAAAAAACUAAGUCCAAUAAAAAGCGAAGACAAAGGGAAAAACUUAAGAGAUCGAUUAUGGUUAUGAGUUGAAACAAAUAAUGUGAUAUUGUUACAAUUUAGGAGAAUAUAUUGUGUAUUAUUUGGUACCAAUACAUUUUUAUUGGUUUUUUA